AUGGCUGUCGAAGUAUACAGCAGUGCCCUGCCCUCGCUGUCGCCACCAUGCAGGGCGGGCACCAUCGCCCGCUGGGAGAAGAAGGAAGGGGAGCGGAUCCGCGAGGGAGACCUCAUUGCGGAGGUGGAGACGGACAAGGCCACCGUGGGGUUUGAGAGCAUGGAGGAGUGUUACUUAGCCAAGAUCCUCGUCGCCGAGGGAACCAGGGACGUGCCCAUCGGGGCCAUCAUCUGCAUCACCGUGGAAAAGCCCGAGUACAUCGAAGCCUUUAAAAACUACACUCUGGAUUCGGCGGGGCCCCCAGCGGCGGCCGCGGCUCCUCCCGCUCCUCCCGCUCCUCCUCCCCCGUCUGCAGCUGCCCCACCACCCUCCGCUCAGCCUCCAGGGAGCUCCUACCCGCCUCAUUUGCAGGUCCAACUCCCGGCCCUGUCCCCGACCAUGACCAUGGGCACCGUGCAGAGGUGGGAGAAGAAGGUGGGCGAGAAGCUGAGCGAAGGGGAUCUGCUGGCUGAGAUCGAGACCGACAAGGCCACCAUCGGCUUUGAGGUUCAGGAGGAAGGUUACCUGGCGAAGAUCCUGGUGGCAGAAGGCACGAGGGACGUGCCCCUGGGCACCCCGCUGUGUAUCAUCGUGGAGAAGGAGGCGGACAUUCCUGCGUUCGCGGACUACCAGCCGACGGCGGUGGUGGACAUGAAACCCCAGCCCUCGCCAUCCACCCCGGCCUCGGCGGCAGCCUUCGCUGCUUCUCCGCAGCCCGCUUCGCCUGCCCCCCCGGCCGCCCGCCCCGCCGCCCCUGCUGGGUCAAAGGCGAGGCUCUACGUCAGCCCCCUCGCCAGGAAACUGGCCACCGAGAAGGGCAUCGACCUGGCCCAGGUGAAAGGGACCGGACCGGAUGGCAGGAUCACCAAGAAAGACAUCGACUCAUUCGUGCCUUCCAGGGCCGCGCCCGCUCCAGCUGCGGCGGUGCCCAGCUUGACUCCCGAGGUGGCGGUCGCGCCCGCCGGCGUCUUCACCGACAUCCCGGUCAGCAACAUUCGCCGAGUGAUCGCUCAGCGGCUGAUGCAGUCCAAGCAGACCAUCCCUCACUACUACCUCUCCGUGGACGUGAACAUGGGAGAAGUUUUGCUGGUCCGGAAGGAGCUCAACAAGAUGCUGGCGGGGAGCAGUAAGAUUUCGGUCAACGACUUCAUCAUCAAGGCUUCGGCCCUGGCCUGCCUGAAGGUGCCCGAAGCAAAUUCCUCUUGGCUGGACACCGUCAUCCGGCAGAACCACGUGGUUGACGUGAGCGUGGCCGUGAGCACCCCCGCGGGACUCAUCACGCCCAUCGUCUUCAACGCGCACAUCAAAGGGUUGGAAUCCAUCGCCAACGACGUCGUCUCCUUGGCAGCCAAGGCUCGAGAGGGGAAACUCCAGCCCCAUGAGUUCCAGGGCGGCACCUUCACCAUCUCCAAUUUAGGCAUGUUUGGGAUAAAGAACUUCUCUGCCAUCAUCAACCCGCCUCAGGCCUGCAUCUUGGCGAUCGGGGCUUCCGAGGACAGGCUGGUGCCAGCAGAGAACGAGAGGGGGUUCGACGUGGCCAGCAUGAUGUCCGUCACGCUGAGCUGUGACCACCGGGUGGUGGACGGGGCCGUGGGAGCCCAGUGGCUGGCGGAGUUCCGGAAGUUUUUGGAGAAGCCCAUCAACAUGCUGCUAUGAUUCCCCCCCGCCGGGGGUGGGGGACCGGCCGCUCCUCGGGGCCGCACCGGGUAUUUAUUCGUCUCAGUUGUUGGAGGGGCCCCCUUUUUUAUUUUAAAGUUCGCCCGUUAUUUUGGCUGUCCAGACCAGCGGGCCGUGGGGGCGGCGGGGGAGCGAGAACGGGUGGGCGCCCGGGACAUGCGGGGAGGGUGGCCGGGGGAAGGUGGGCGAAGGCAGCGUCUUCAUCCCACCCUGGCUUUGGAACUGGUCUCCGUUGAGAUCGUGGCCACCCCACCGGUUUUGGCUGGGUGGGCAAAGCAGCACCCUCUGCCUUCCCCGACCCGGCCCAGCCCGGGUUUGUCCAGUAAACUUGUUAGACAGACAUGCUCUCCCAGCUUCCCGUGAGCACCAAGGCCCCACGGGCUGCAGGAAGAUGUAAUAAUAAUAAUGAUAGUAAUUAUCAUUAUUAUUAUUAGGCACCAUCCAGAGGCCAGCUGGCCUGAGGUGGGCCGGGCAUUUGUUCAGAUGGAAUUGAGUGGUCACCUCCGAGGAGUACUUGCCCUGUCUCCCACCCACCCCCCUCGGGCCCUGCCCUGCUCCCGUGGCCCCCAGGCAGCACGGGGAGCUUCCUCGUCCAAGACUGCUCCCCUGAAAGCACUCCCGGAGCCACUUGGACAAUGCACUGACCGCCUCCUGCCCCCCCGGGCUGAGCAUGUACCUCAGUGACGCACCGGUCACUGGGCCUCUGGGUGGGGCCACCCGGCAGCAAGGGGGGAUGGUGGUGGUGGGGAGAGGAGGAGGGGGGCCGUGGAAGUCUUUGCCGGGCUCCUCCCGUUCCCCACAGGGUGGUAGAAUGAAUUGCCCCAGAGUUCCACCCCAACUCCAGGCCUUCUGUUGAAUGGCAGCAUUUUAAUAAACCUAUGGGAUUGUUCACGACUUGAAAAUGAACGUGAGCGGUGGGUGCUUUCUUGCAGCUGCCUCCUCCUCCUCUGUGGUUGGGCCCCAGCUCCCAGGUGGCCUCUGCCUCGGCCUGUUGUAAAACACCCUGCGCAAGGGCGAGUCGGGAGUUUAGGCGGUGCCCACGGACAGCUCUGAAACCCGGUGCCCCUCCCUCCACCCUCCUCCGGCCCACUGGGGCCAGGCCCGGUCCCCCAGUCGGCCCGACCUUGUCAAGGUCGAGCAGAGAGGUCAUCCCCCUCCCUCCUCCCCAAGCCCCCCGCAUACCCCGGGGGGUUCCGGCCUGUUACAAGGGACCAUCACAGAGGGGCAGAGGUGACUGGAACCUUUACCGAUAUUCGUUGGCUUUUUUGUUUCCGCUGUUGCUACUGCGAGAGGCCUGUCCCGUCCUGCCCCGCCCCGGCCUUUCACCCCUGUGACUAGAGCAAGCCGCCCAGAGGGCCACUUCCAUCUAGUCUGCACCUGGGUGACGGGCCGGGAGUCGGUCCUUUUACUGUUCUCUUCCCCCUCCCACCCCCAGGCUGAAAAAAAAAGAAAGUAGGGACACUCCUGGAUUAGAAUCGGUCUGUUAAAGAUUAAAGACAGCCGUCCAUUUUCA